UUUCUUAACAGAGCUCUCAAUGGAGUAGCAGUAUAUUAUUCGGGUAAUUGCGUAGUGGUUUAAAUCUUACGCUCUCAUUGACUAGGCUUCUCCUCGUAUCUUUGGUUCUGUGGUUCAUCGGUUUUUGGUCAUGGACGACGGAGAGCUCGAUUACUCAAACCAAGAUGUCUUCUCAUCAAGCCCUAACAUGGGUGAUCCGUUUCCGAGCAGUUGCUCUAUGGAUGGCUUAUUCGAUGAAUUCUUCAACGAUACCCAUGCGUGUACCCAUACGCACACUUGCAAUCCGCCUGGACCUGACUACUCCCAUACACACACUUGUUUUCAUGUCCACACCAAAAUUCUACCUGCCUCUUCUGAAGAUAAGGUGGCUAGCGAUGACACGGCUGAGUCCGAAGAGAAGAAAUCAAAGAAACGUCCUUUAGGUAAUCGCGAAGCCGUUAGAAAGUACCGUGAGAAGAAGAAAGCACGAGCUGCUUCAUUAGAAGAUGAAGUUGUCCGGUUGAGGACUCUGAAUCAGCAGUUGGUAAAGAGAUUGCAAGGUCAAGCUGCACUGGAGGCAGAGGUAGCCAGACUCAAAUGCUUGCUUGUGGACAUCAGGGGGAGGAUUGAGGGGGAGAUUGGAUCUUUUCCUUACCAAAAAGUAGCGAAGAAUGGUGAUAGGAUCCAGAACCUGUCCCACCCGAACUUGUCUAGCGCUUAUGUUAUGAACCCAUGUGAUUUGCGAUGUGAUGAUCAGGUUUAUUGUCUACAUCCUGGAAUGGAAGGCAAGGGUGGGGAUGGUGUAGGAUUGAAUGGCCAAGGAUUUAAUGCUUGUGAAGCUGGAAUGGAUCAGUGUAUGGGGAAUCCUAACUUGGGGUUGAAGGAGCUUCCUGGUUGUGGAAAUGGGAACAUAGGGGCUGUUGAAAAUUCCUCGAAUGGAAAUAAGAGAAGAGGAGGAGCUCGUGCAGCAACAGGAAGUUGAAGAGCUAAUCUGAUGUGUUUGGCUUGAGGGUACAUACUAUCUUCUAAUAAGUAGUUUAGUGUAGUUGCCGCCUUUUCUUCCCUUUAACUUUUAGACAUUUUUUUAUUUUCUAUUCUGUAAUUUUAACUUCUUGGUGGUAGAGAUUGCUUAUUUUAUCAUCUUAAGGUCAUCUUUAGCUACCUUUAGUUGCUGCCCAUACUAGUUGGUUCUGUCACUUGAUCUAAUUCAAUCCAGUAUAUCCAUAUCAGUGA